AUGUCAGCCGUCAAGCGCGAUUACAAUGGCCAAGCCAAGGUCGCGGCAGAGGCCCCACGAGGCCGUUUUCACGACAUGUUUGAGGGAUUCCGCGAUGAGCUUGACCAGCACCACGAUAGACGCGAGCGCCUCGUAAAGGUCUCGAGAGAUGUAACAGCACAAAGCAAAAAGAUCAUCUUUGCUCUACAAAGGGUCAAGGAGCUUAACAAGGAGCUCCCGCCCAACAUCCAAAAGGACAUGGACACGCGCCUCGCCGAAAUCGCCACGCUGCUCAGCUCCGUCGCGCCGGACCUGCAGUCCAUCAACCGCUACCGCUACCAGUCGACGAUGCGGUGCCUCGAGGAGCUCGUCGAGGCGCUCUCCUUUGCGCACUACCUGCGCCGCCAGACGCUCAUCACGCUGUCCGAGGCGCAGGCGGCCGUGCCCGCGGCCGAGCUCGUCGGCCUCACCGAGUACGACUACAUGUACGGCGUGUUUGACCUGUUUGGCGAGCUGAUGCGCUUCGCGACGGUGACGACGGCGCAGACGGGCCGGCUGCUCGGUGGCGGAGACGGCGACGACGGCCACAGCCGCACGCUGCUCAGCGACAUGCAGGAGCUGGGCUGCGCGUUUGAGAUGAUGCGCGAUGUGCCGACGCGCGAUUAUCGCCAAAAGGUCGAGGCUAUGCGGCAGAGCGUCAGAAAGGUCGAGAAGCUCGGGUAUGGCCUCGUCGUGAGGGGCAGUGAGCGACCAAAGGGAUGGGUGCCGGACAUGAAGGAGGAUGCGAUUGAUCACGGAUCGCCAUAG